AUGGCAGGUAAAGACAGAAAGACGAUCGAGAAGAACUAUCCGGGGGCCGAAGUUGACGAGGGUGGUCGCUUCAAGCCGCUGCCGCCCGCCGAUGAUGAUGCCAAACUGCUGGUCUGCGAGUACCCGUCACUGGGCGUGAUACGGCUCGACUACGACUACCCUCCCGCCCUCGGCGACAUUGAUCACCCGGGCUCCUUUUACUACGACGUGUUUUAUCGUGUCGUGCCUGGCCUCACGUUUGGGAUGUGCCAAAAGGGCGAGAUGCCGGACGAAAUCAAGCAGCGCUUCAUCGACGCCAUCAAGUGGCUUGACGCGCAAGGUGUUGCGGGAAUCACCAGUGACUGUGGCUUCUUCAUGAAUUUUCAAGACCUCGCGAGGACAGUCACCGACAAACCCGUCUUCAUGUCAUCGCUUUGCCAGCUGCCCGCCGUCGUCUGUGCCUAUGCCGCACACGAGCACAUUGCGCUCUUUACCGCCAACGGCGAGUCGCUGAAGCCCAUGCGUGACCUGAUCAAGAAGGAGUGCGGCGUGGACCCGGAGGAGUCGCGCUUCAUCAUCGUUGGCUGCCAAGACGUGCCUGGCUUCGAGGCGGUGGCGAAUGGCGAUCGCGUCGACGUCGACUCUGUCAUGCCGCACAUCGUCCGACUCGCAAAGGAGACAGUCGCCAAAUACGCAGACACGGCAAAGCCAAUUCGCGCCAUCCUGUUUGAGUGCACGGAGCUGCCGCCAUACUCGGACGCCGUGCGCGCGGCGACCCGGCUGCCCGUCUUCGACGCCAUCACAUCCUGUAACUCCUUCCUCGCGGCGCUCAUGGACAACCCGCGUUUUGGCGUCAACAACUGGCACCUUUCCUGGGAUGGCAGCCAGACCGACUACCGUUACGGCGACAAUUUAUCGGCGGACCUCAAGGCCAAGCUCGUUAACGCGGAGCAUGCCGAGAACGUCGCCGCGGCGGAGCGAAAGCUCGCGAAGGAUCGCCAGAAGCCUAAGCCGGCCACCGGCACCGGCACCGCGUUUGACGCAUGA